AUUUUGCUGUUGUCUUGACACUCAAAGAUCAGAGCAUACUUGCUGGUGAUGAUGUUAAUCAAGAGGUUGAUGUGCUUGAAAAUGUGGAGAUUGGAGAACAGAAGCGAAGGGAUGAUGCUUACAAGGCUGCAAAAAAUAAAACAGGGAUCUAUGAUGACAAGUUCAAUGAUGAACCUGGUUUUGAAAGGAAAAUAUUACCAAAGUAUGAUGACCCGAGAGAAGAGGAGGUUUGCAAUGAAAAAGCUAAUGGAUAACAAGGCAUUGGUGAGACAUCUUUCCCCGUGUGAGACGAUGGGAUCAGCUACUUGCAUCUGCACAGAUAAGACAGGAACACUAAGAACAAACCGAAUGGUAGUUAACAAGAUAUGGAUUUGUGAAAAAACGAAAAAGGUAGAAACUGAUGCAGGUCGGGAUGCAAUAACUUUGAACAUACGUGAAAAUGAAAUGACAUUGCUUCUGCAGGCAAUAUUUAAAAAAAGAAAUGGGUAAUUGAUGUUUUAUUUG